AUGGCAAAAGUAGCGGUGGGUGCGGAUGAUAAUACAACAGGCCUAUAUGAGGUUGUCGCAUCAUCCGAUGUGACGCUUGAUACUUCCUUUUCAUUCCUGCCGAACACCGGCAUCAUUGCACUCUACACAACCUUCAUUUUGGCGCUGGGGACGUUUCUGCGCAACGCCGUGACUGGAUACGCCCACCGCGUGGUGCUGAUGCAGGUGUCAAACCCCGACCCUGUCGCGGAGCUGCUGCGUUACAUCUACAUGGCGCGCUCUUCCGCGAGCAACGGGUACAUGGAGAGCCUGCUUCUGGAGCAGCAGUUGUUCUUUGAGCUCGUCGACUUGCUUCGGUCUCCAGAGCGCGUACUAACGCUCAGUGGCCGCCGUGUGGAGGACUACGACUCGAGUGGCAAAUUUCAGCAGCACCUGAAGAAGCUGAGUGAUCACCCGUUUUGA